UAACAGAAAACACGCAUUGGCCAGUUGGGCCAUUUUCUCAUACACAAUUCUCUUUCUCUCUCCCUCAGAAAAUAUGCAUCCGCCGCGCUUACACUUCCUCCUCCUUCUCACCCUCCUCGUCUCAGCCGCCUUCCUCCACGUCACCUCCGCCGCCGAUGACAAUGACAAUGACGCAGAUGAUGUGAACAAUCUUGUUUUCGAGAAUCCAAGUCUCCGGAGAGCAUACAUUGCUCUUCAAGCAUGGAAAACCGCCAUCUUUUCCGACCCGUCCAACUUCACCGCCAACUGGACUGGCCCAGCCGUUUGUUCCUACGGCGGCGUGUUCUGUGCUCCUUCCUUGUUAAACAGCUCUAAUAGAGUGGUUGCCGGAAUUGACCUCAACCAUGCUGAUAUUGCUGGUUACCUCCCACCGGAGCUCGGCCUUCUAACAGACCUCGCUGUCUUCCACAUUAACUCCAAUCGGUUCUGCGGUACUGUUCCAAAAACGUUCAAGAAGCUUAAGCUCCUUUUCGAGCUUGAUUUAAGCAACAACCGUUUCGUCGGGGCUUUUCCCACGGUGGUUUUAUCGUUGCCGGUUUUGAAAUUCUUGGACCUCCGGUUCAAUGAAUUUGAAGGGUCUGUUCCAUUUAAACUUUUCGAUAAGGAUCUUGAUGCAGUUUUCUUGAACGAUAACCGGUUUAAGUUCGGUAUUCCUCCGAAUUUGGGUAAUUCGCCGGUGUCAGUGCUUGUUUUGGCCAACAACGAUCUCGGUGGGUGUCUUCCGGCGAGUAUUGGACAAAUGGGGUCGACGUUGAAUGAGAUUAUUCUCAUGAACGACAAUUUGACGAGCUGUUUGCCGGUGCAAAUUGGAGCUUUGAAAAAGGUGACGGUUUUCGACGUGAGCUUCAACAGUCUUCAAGGGCCGCUGCCGGCGGCGAUAGCCGGAAUGAGGAGUGUCGAGCAGCUGAAUGUGGCACAUAACAAGUUGACAGGGGUGGUGCCGGACAGUAUUUGUAAGUUACCCAGGUUGCAAAACUUUACUUUCUCUAACAAUUACUUUACUGGAGAAGCGCCGUCAUGUGUUGCCACCGGAAGUGGCGGUGGCAAGGUGUUUGAUGAUGGUAAGAAUUGUAUUGUUGGGAAAGCGAAUCAACGUUCUGGAAGGGAGUGUUCUUCUGGUGAUGCACGUCCUGUUGAUUGUAGUAAGUUGCAGUGUGGUGUUUCUCCAUCGCCGGUUCCAGUUCCAUCUCCACCGCGCUCUAAGUCGGAAUCUCAGUCUAGGAGAAGAACACCGCCUGCUCCACCAGCUCCAAAACUGUCUCAGCCACCAAGGCAAAAAGUCAAGGCUACUCCACCGCCUCCUGUUUUUGAGACUUCACCAAAUAUGAGAUCACGUCCUCCACCGCCGCCUACGGAUAGAAGUUCUUCAAAACCCAACCUUCGACCACCGCCUCCGACUUGGCAAGUCUCGCCAAACAAUCGACAUGCACCACCACCUCCAACUUUUGAAUCUUCACCUGUAACACGUGUUGCCCCACCACAAUCACCGCCACCACCACCUCCUCAUUCACCUCCACCACCACCACCAACACCGCAAUCGCCACCACCUCCACCACCACAAUCGCCACCACCGCCUCCACCACAAUCAUCGCCACCACCUCCUCCCCAUUCACCACCACCUCCACCCCCACAAUCACCACCACCUCCACCACCAUCACCACCACCUCCGUCUCCGUCACCACCUCCACCAUCACCACCACCUCCGUCUCCGUCACCACCUCCACCAUCACCACCACCUCCAUCUCCGUCACCGCCUCCACCGCCAUCACCAUCACCACCUCUUCCUUGUUCACCACCACCUCCACCACCGCAAUCACCACCACCCCCACCACACUACUCAUCACCACCACCACCACCACCUCAUUACUCAUCGCCACCACCACCUCCACAAUACUCACCCCCACCUCCACCACACUACUCAUCUCCACCUCCUCAUUCACCGCCACCACCUCCACCUUAUUACUCAUCACCUCCGCCACCUCCACAGUACUCAUCCCCACCUCCACCUCCCCAUUCACCACCACCACCUCCACCUCACUAUUCAUCACCACCACCACCUCCACAUUACUCAUCCCCACCACCACCAUCCUCAUCUGACUGCACUCCACCACCGCCACCUCCUCCCCAACCAUGUGAAACCCCCUCUUCUUCCCCACCACCACCUCCACCACAAGAAUGGCACCACCAACCACCACAAACUCGAUCACCACCAUCACCUACAUACCAUCAUUCAUAUACACCACCACAACAAUGGCAUCAGCCACCACCCCAACAAUCACCGUCUCCUCCACCACCAACACUCCCACCACCACCACCUUUUGAUAACCUGCCUCUUCCACCAGUGUUCGGAGUUUCCUACGCCUCUCCACCACCACCUGUAAUCCCCUACUAUUGAUCCAACGGAAUCCAAAUCAAAACCUAUACACAUUACAUACAUACACACUUAACAUUCACCAUUAAUCUUCCUUCAAAUCAAAGAUAUCGUGCAUAGUCUGAAACUUUUUGGGAAUACGAGGAGUUGAGAUUGAAGGUUCUGUUGGGCGUGAUCUUUUUUAGGGGCUUUCGUUUAAUUUGUUUGUGAAAUUAAUCACUUAAUUUGUUGUGUUCAAUAUUAUACUUUUUGUCAUAUUUUCAUGUAUACUUCGACUUUGGAAAUUAGGAAAUGUAGCAUACUUUCAUUCAUUUUUAUAUUUAUAUGUGAACAAAGAUCUAUUAUUCUGUAAUAAAAAUCUCCAUUUCUAUA